CGCUGUGUGUCGUGCAACGACGACAACGACGACGACGACGAGUACCACUUGCCUCUCUUGUCCAUCGUGACGUGCCCGUCUCUUCAAUUUCGCGGCCAAGUCAGUCAGUCAGCAUCGGUAACGCAUUAUGCUAGGGUCGCGGUGGCACGUCGACGAGGCUACGACCGCGCGUGGAACGCCUCUUUUACCUGGAAUCGGUGCAUCGUGAUUCCCCAUGCACCCGCCAGAAUCAUGGGGAAGACCGCCAGCAAGCUGAAAUCUCGCAGAAGCCAGAGCAUAGCAUGGAGCUUCCGGUUUCCAUCUAUGGGCACUCUGCAAAAUCUAGGCGCCAGUGGCCGUCGUCGAAAGAGAAACGGCAUAUCCUCUUCAGCCUCUUGUAAGGAUCUCCAUCAGAAACGACACACGAUCCACCUACAGCCGGAAGUAAUUAUUCAGAAGGAGCCAUCUCUCAUCGUGACGCCGCCGUCGCCGGAAGAUCUAACUGAGGAGAACAGAAGGUCGUCGGAGGUAAAGGUCGUGGAGGAGGAGGAGGAGGAGGCGGUGAACAGAAGGGAGGACCGCGAAGAAUCCGCUGCGAGAAGGGUUGACAGCAACGACUAUUCUAAUCUACCAAUGGAGCCACCAGAAGAGUCGACUCGUAAGCUUCUGGAGCGAGAACUUCGACUUCUGGACCCUAGAGAUCUGAGAUCGCACGCUUGGUACCAUGGCAGCACUCUCAGAGGUGGUAGAAAGGGCGCUGAGGCGGAAGUACCAAACGACGGUGACUUCCUGGUUCGCGACUGUGCCUCCCAGCCCGGAAACUACGUCCUCACGGUCCGGUGGAAGGGCCAGCCUCUUCACUUUGUCAUCAACAGGGUGGUAAUCCAACCCGAAACAGUAUACGAAAGGGCCCAGUACCAGUUUGAGGACGAGGCAUUCGACACGGUAGCCGACCUGAUAACCUUCUACGUGGGCAGUGGUCGUCCUAUAAGCCAAGCCAGUGGUGCUCGUAUAAUCACACCGAAACCAAGAUCCGUACCCCUAACCUGUGUCUCUGGACCCACGAAUAACCAACACUGUUCCAGUCCCUCCUCUUCAUCUCUAUCCACCGGUUCGCCUCCUCGACUGCCUCGAAAACAGCAACGAAGUCACUCUCUGACAGCCCAGCAUCAUCCCGCAGACCAACACGAUGCUCGUCAAACGACAAAUCAACAAGCAACACCUCACGGAUCGGUCCAAUCGAGCACUCUACCUCGAGUACCACCGAUUCAGAACCAGCCACCGUCGUGUUCCUUAUCCUUAGGUCGUCAAAAGAUCACCAGGGUGAUCUCCGACCCAGCCCUCCAGCAACAACAGCAGCCAGUUCUCCAACCUCCAACUCUGAACCAUCAAAACUCCCACGGAACUGCUCCGCCGAAGCCUCCAAGGGUACCGUAUGCACCUAACCAUCAGCAUCACGCUCAUCAUCAUCACCAUCACCACCAUCAUCAUCACCAAGGCUACCAAGCUUCCGGAAGUGACAGUGGAAAUGGUUCUGGAGACAGCGAAUUCGAGACGAAUAAUUCUGGCGGUGCCAGCAAUCCUUCCUCCUCUGUUCCUAUUAAAGGAGUGGUAAUUAGGAGUCAUUACAACACGAGUAACGACGGCACCAACGGGAACAACGGAAACGAUUAUGAGUUGUCUGGAGAGGAGCAGCUAGUCGUGGCUGCUCCUUCUCUGGAGAUCACCACAGCGUUGGACAUCGAAGGAUUCACCACUUUGCUGCUACCAGCUGGUGAACACAGGCCGUUAGAUCCAACUGCUUUGAGAGGUGUGUCAGGAAUGCUUCACGAUUCUGCUCCAAGGGUGUUAGCCUCGCAUUUAACGAAGAUCGACCUGGAGUUAGCUCUUCAUCCUGGUGCUGGAAGUAGAAACGGUCUAAGCGGUAUCGAAUUAGCUACUCUGCCCCAUGGUAGACAGGCCAGGAUAGAUCUGAUCGAGAGAUCAGAGUGUUUGAAGCUCGUUGUGGCGGUGACUGUGCUGGCUGGAGCCACUGCUAUCGAGAGAGCAGCUACUAUUAGUAAAUGGAUCAAAGUGGCCAUCGAUACGAAGACAGCUUUGGGCAAUUUGUACGGUUUCUGCGGGGUAAUGCUCGGUCUCUGCCUACCUCAGAUACAGAGGCUGGCGAAUACGUGGCAUCUACUCAGGCAGAAGCAUACCGACGAGGCUUUCAGUUUCGAGGCCAAGCUUAGACCAACGUUACGUGCAAUGAACGAGUGUACCAACCCUCAGGCACCAAAUACCACGCUUCCACACUUGCUGCCUGUCGCUUUGCUUGGAGAACGUGGACCAGAAGACAUUUUGGGAACGGUGACACCAUCAGGCCUAGCAGCAGCUAUUCUGUCGCCCUGGGAGAAUUCAGCACCGGACUGUGGUUUAUCUAUCGUAUGGUCUCACUUAGAAUCAGCUCGAAAAAUGGCAGAGAAUCUUGCGCUGUUCCGCAGGAACGCAGAAAUCGUUCUCGAAGGCUCGAGAAGCGACGAGCUCUUAUCAGACGCGUUCAGAACAGAAUUUCAUAUAAAAUUCCUAUGGGGAAGUCGGGGUGCGACGGUAGCGCCCGAAGAAAGGCACCUGAAAUUCACGCAGGUGUUAGACGCGAUGUUCGACAAGUGUUCGUCGAGCGAAGUGACGGCCUAA